GCGUCUUGCAUUUCUCUGGGCGUCUUGCGUCUUUCCUUGGUGAGUAAAGGUUUCAUCGUGACAGGAACAUCACAGCUCAUGCGACAUCGCGCCUCCGCCAUCUCCGAGCAGCGCGACAGGUGCGCCACCCUCACGAUGGGGGCGGCCGGCAAAAAGCGAAAGAAGAUGGAGAAGGAUGCCUUGAAGUACGCGGACGGAAUCAACAAGAACGUCGCCCGCGAGACGCAAAAGGAGGCGGACGUUAUUGCCGAGCGGUUGUUAAAGACAUGCGCGGAACCAAAGCGAGACCUCACCAAGAUCGCCGCCGAGAUCGCGGACCUCCGAUCGCGAACUUCGGCUCUGAAGCCGGCCCAAAGCUAUGAACUCGGGAAGGACUGGCGACUGGUGUUCGCAAGUGACGACGACGCGAUAAGUGUCGUAGGCACGGGGUUGCAUAAGCUGCCACUCACCAGGAUGCAGGAUUUCUUCAUCACUCUUGAAGGCGGCAGCAACACGGCGAGAAACAUUGUCACGAUCGAAGUGCUACGCGUGAUAGGCCCUUUCCCGAACCUUCGCAACACCUUGUCUGGGGGCUGCAAAUCCACGGGCGCGGGUUCGUUGAAUAUCCGCUACACAUCAAUGAUUGACGGGACGGGGAAAGAGACCGGGGGGUCGCAGACGGGAGAACAAGACCGGGUCGUUGAUGUUGAUGUUGCGUUCGUCGGGCAAGGGGUAUUGGUGUUGGAAUCUGUAUCGGCGAAGUCGAAGAAACCGUUGUCUCUCGUCUUUGCGAAGGAGCCGGACUUGGAAGGAGAGCUAGCGAAGCUCCGUGUGGCGGGGGACAAGAAAGAUGAUAAGAAGAAGAAAUAA